CUCCACAUUCAAAAAAUCUUCACCAUUUCCAUCCAGUUUCACGUCAACAGACCAGCUUUAAAGCCAAAACAAAACAAACACACACAAUUUUUUUUACAGCAGGCUCUUUUGUAGCACCUUGUCAAAGGUCUCCUGAAAAUCCAAGUACACAACAUCCGCUGACAGCAAUGCAUGCAAAAUGCUGGAGGAACUCAGCAGUCUUCGUGCCAGAAAUAGAGAAGACCAUGAAAAGGAACCGGCUUCCAAGCAGCAGCGAUGAUUCUGACGACAAUGAUAGUCAUUCAACUUCCUGGUCUCAGCAUUCCAAAUCACAGCACAGGAGAAACUCAACUUCAAGGCACAAAGACCGAAAACCAUCUGAGGUCUACAGAACAGACUUGAUUACUGCAAUGAAACUACAUGAUUCAUACCAGCUGAAUUCAGAUGAAUAUUACAUUCUAGCUGAUUCGUGGAGACAAGAAUGGGAAAAGGGAGUUCAAGUACCUGUUAGCCCUGAAUCAGUGCCACAAGCAAGUGUCAGAGUAACUAAUGAAAAGGAAACAGCUGUGAUAUUUUCUAGACCGAGGAAGUAUAUCCACUCCUCUGGCUCUGAGCCCCCAGAACUUGGCUAUGUGGACAUCCGCACGCUUGCAGAGAGUGUGUGUCGCUAUGAUCUCGACGACAUGGAUGUGGCCUGGCUAGAGCUGCUGAAUGAAGAAUUCAAAAGAAUGGGGAUGGCUGACUUAGAUGAAUUCACCAUGGAGAGGGUCAUGGAAGAACUAGAGCGGAGAUGUGAUGACAAUAUGAACCAUGCCAUUGAGACAGAAGAAGGUCUAGGGAUUGAAUAUGAUGAAGAUGUGGUGUGUGAUGUUUGUCAAUCUCCAGAUGGUGAAGAUGGCAAUGAAAUGGUUUUCUGUGACAAGUGCAAUAUUUGUGUCCAUCAGGCUUGUUACGGAAUUUUGAAGGUUCCUGAAGGCAGCUGGCUGUGUCGAACCUGUGCACUAGGUGUCCAGCCAAAAUGCUUGCUCUGCCCCAAGAAAGGUGGAGCCAUGAAGCCCACUCGCAGCGGAACAAAGUGGGUUCAUGUCAGCUGUGCUUUAUGGAUCCCUGAGGUUAGCAUAGGCUGUCCAGAAAAGAUGGAGCCUAUUACAAAGAUAUCACAUGUCCCCGCCAGCAGAUGGGCAUUAGUGUGCAGCUUGUGUACUGAAAAGACUGGAGCUUGCAUACAGUGUUCAGUGAAGAACUGUCGAACGGCCUUUCAUGUGACUUGUGCAUUUGAUCGCAAUUUGGAAAUGAAGACUAUACUGGCAGAAAAUGAUGAGGUGAAGUUUAAAUCUUACUGUCCAAAGCACAGCAGCAAGGAGCCAGAUGAGGGAACAAAAAACUAUUCCAAUGCAGAGAGAGAGGAGAAACCCACCGUUGUGGAAAGUGCUCUGGAUAGCAUGGACCAGACCCAGGCAGAGGCUCAGAGGAUCAGCCUCCGUAAGCAAAAGCUCCAAGAACUGGAGGAUGAAUUUUAUAACUUUGUCAGCAUCUCCGACGUGGCCCAGCAUUUGAAGUUGUCUGAGGAGCUUGUGGACUUUAUUUACCAGUACUGGAAAGGAAAAAGGAAGAGCAACUUAAAUAAGCCUCUCUUCACUCCCAAAAAGGAUGAGGAGGACAAUCUGGCAAAGCAGGAGCAAGAUGUCUUGUUCAGACGGCUGCAGCUUUUCACCCACCUCCGACAGGACCUAGAGAGGGUUCGAAACCUUACUUAUAUGGUUACGAGAAGAGAGAAGAUUAAGAGAUCAAUUUGCCGUGUCCAAGAGCAAAUAUUCCACCACCAAAUGAAACUUCUUGAAGAAGAGCACAUUUCUGGUGUGCCUUCAGCAUUCCCAUCAGCAGAUGCUUUAUUCCUUGGUUGGCUGGCACAAUCUCAUCCGGUUUCCAAAACGGGCAGCUCACAAUGGAAGUUGAAUAGAGAACUGGAGACAAGCCGACAUCCUGAUAAGGUCUGGCGUGAAAAGAGCUCCCAACUGAGUGGCCGAAUGCAAAGUCACUCUGACUCUGCUAAACAGAGUUUAUUGAAACAAUCAAACCGAUCCAGUGAAUGCAAAAACACACCUAACCUUCACAGGAUCAAAGAGGACUACACCAGCUCAAGUAUUCUACCGCCAUACGACAAGAUUCGUGGUGAGGCACGAGGUAAUGCCCGUGAGAGGAAUAAUGGUCUGAGUGCUCCUGACCUUAGGAAGAAAACUGACAUCAGUAGACGUAGUACAGGAGGAAAAGUUGAAUUGAGAGAGAGAGCUUGUUCAAAACGGGAUAAAUCCUACAUACCUGCAGAAUUAACCCUACGGCAGUCCGAAAACAAGCAAGCUUUGUGUGGUCCAAUGUGUAAAAUUCCCUCUGUUAGUAUUCGGAGGUUACCUGGGGAUGGUAGUCAAACACACACCAAAUUUAAUGGUACCUUGAGCAAGGUAGCGUGCAAUCAAACCGCUGUUCCUACUGGACGAUCUGCAGUCAAAGUGCCUACAAGUCCAGUGAAAAACUGGGGUGGGUUCAAAAUCCCAAAAAAAGGAGAAAGGAAACAGCAUGAGGAGAGACAGGAGCCCUGCCGGCAGAACUCUGAAUCCACACAAUACCAGCACCUGGCAUCACAGCGAACCUUGCCCAAGGAGAGAACCAAGGUGAGGUUGCUGCCAGAUAGUGAAAAUGAUGGUUAUAGUCCUGACGUUGAGAUGAGUGAUUCAGAAACAGAGUCAACAGACAAUUGUAAGCCACAGAGGCUUAAUUCAAAUAAUGAACAGGAGGUAUGGGACAGAUAUUACUCGAAGAAGCAUCCUGGCCUCCUGAUAUGGGGGUGUGGGGUGGGGGUACGGCAGUAAGUCCACUUGCCUGGUAACCAUUACCAGUCCCAACGUUUUAUUCACAUGCCUUGUUGUGAUGUGAUAUUUCUUCAAGCUAACUAUUGGUACCCAGGGACAUUUCCUAUCAUGGAAUGUUUGUCAGUAAAAACACUUGUCUUCACGUCAUGUGCUACAGUUUUGUUAAUGAAUCUGCCCCGUGUACAGUUAUCAUAUAGAUCUUUUGCAAAGAUUGUUGAAACAAAGGCCAUUAGUCCAUAAUACGCCAGAUGAAAGCAAAGAUUCAAAACCUUAAACACUUUAUUAAAAGAAAAUUAACUUGGAAUCCCAGUGGUUGAGCAUUUAGUACACAUUUCAUUUUUGAUCUUUUAAGCACGCUAAAAAAAAAUAGCUUUAAAAAUCAGCAAGUUUUAUCUAGUAUUUUGAGCAAAACAAAAUUGAAAAGUAAAUGCAGCAAAUUCUGAUCCAGCAGAUAUUACUAUCAGUUUGUUAAAUUGGAAAAUCCAGUAAUCAACAGUAUUAAAUUGUCAUUGCAGAGUUCUUCACUUCAAAGUGUUCAACUGAUCUGAAAGUGGUCAGGCGGAAGCAGUGAGAGGUUCAGAUAUACAGUUCUAGCAGGAAGGAACCCCGUUUGAUUCAUAAAUUUCUGCACAAAGUAUGUGCAAGGAUUUCUUGCAACUUAAUGAAUAUGUGGAGUUGUGUUUCUGUUUUAUUCCUUUCUUAAAAAAGCUUGAGUGCAAUUCAUUUAGUUUGUGUUAAUUAUUAAGAUUAUUAGUCCUUUACAUUUAAAAAGAUCUUAUGUCUGCACCAUGCACGUAUUACCUUUAUUUUAGUUUUUAAAAAAAAAUGCUACUAACCCAUUCCACAUAUUUGAAUUGUAUGCCACUCACAUACUGUUAUAAAGGAUGUGCAUUGCAGAAUAACCCAUUCCAACAAUUAAGUAGGAGGGCUGAGAAGAAAACUACAUAAACUUUUUAAGUUCAAUAUAGGAUGAUGGCACACUAUCCAUAGUGGUCCCAGCAUUAAAGGUGCUCUGAAUAUGUGAUGCAUCAGUAUUACCAUGAGGCACUAAAUCAUAUCCAAUUCACCAUUUUGAUUUCUCCCUCCUUCCCUCAAAGACUAACCUGCAGUAUAUUGUAUGAACCCACAAUGGAGCAGCCACAUUACUUUGGUAAUCUGUGUCAUUAUGUUCAUUAAGAUUUCUUUGUACACCAGUGAAGGGGUAUAACAGCAGCACUAAAGAGUUUUUCAGUAAGUACGAAAAUAGUCAAUCACAUUUGUAAUCUACUUUUUAAUUACAAGUUCUGUUUAAAGUCUAGUAUGGUUUAACUGGGAUUAUGUUUGGCAAGAAUGGUCUUGUUUGAACAUGAAAACCACCAGAGAUUUUAAAAAGGGGUUUGACGUCUCAAAGCACAGCUAAAUCUACUGUUCUUAUUCACAAAGAAAUACUGACAUAGUCAACCCAAUGACCCUCAAAAUACAAAAUAGCUGUUUUUAGUAAUUUAGGGGAAACCUAUUUAAAGUUCCAACAUUUCAAUCUCCUAGAAAUUUGUUAAAAAAUAUCUUGAGGUUUGAAAACUCUACAUAAACUUUAAUACAUAGUGUUGCAUGCACUGUAUUGAAUUCAUGUGCUGUAAUGCAUUUCAAAAAUACCAAUAUUGAAAUGUAUAUUUAAUUUUAAGUGGCCUUUUCUAAUCCUUACUCAGUGCAAUAGCUAUGUAUUAAAUUUGUAACAAAUUGUAGAAGGGUCUUUAGCUUACAUGUUUGAGUAUUUAUGCAUCUUGGAUAUGCAACUUAGUUUGAAAUAUUUGGAGCAUUUUAAUCUUAUUUUUAGUGUUUAACAUGCAGGUACUGUCACAUUGUGCUGUACAAAAGAAACAGUCAUUAAUUUUAUGCUUAACCGUUUUACACCUGCACUAAAUAAUCUCUUGGGUAGAAAUAGACAGGAAAUUAAUAGUUUGAGUACAAUGGUUUGUUUAAAGACCAUUACUUAGACUGACAGUUUCAUGUUUAAAAUUUUAUUUUUCCCCCAAUUGUGCUUAUUUGUCAAGAUUGAUCUUAAAUUAUGAUUUUUGUAUUCUGUAGUUUGUAGUUUAACAUUAGCUAGUUGAGCUACUGUGUAGUUGCUACUGGCAUGCGUACAUAAUAUUAAACUGAAGUGAUGUAAAGGGGUUAGUUUUUACAUAUCCCCUUUUUGAUUGUUCCGUACAGACCUGCUGAACAAACUUUGCAGUGUGGUGUUGUACAGAAGAAACCUAUCACCAUGUGCCUAGCAAAGUUUAACUGGUGUCCAUUUAGUUACAAAGAGCAUGGAAAUAAAAGCAGAAAUAAAAUUUAUAUAGAGAUGACUAUUUUAAAUUACCUGGCUCUUUGAUGUAUUUAUUUUUCUUGUAUAAUAUUUAUAAAACUACUUUUAAAAGAUAAAGUUGUGUUCUCUGAAUGUUGAAUAUACUUAGAUGAAUUGUGCCUUUUUGUGUUUGAUAUGUUGAGUUUAAAUUAGUAGUAUGAGAAUGGUACAUCAACCUGUAAAAUAUUUCUCAGACUUAAAUCUCAUCUGGAACCAACAGAGAGAGACACUGGGCUUCUUUGUGGGCCUUAAGAGGCCAGAGUAACAAAAAUAAGGGUCUUGCACACUGUCUUUUAUGUAUCUGUAAUUUUUCUUAAAUUGAGAUUUUGCUUAAAAGGUUUAAUAACAAUGAAUCUGGAUUUUUAAGGCAGUGCUGUUAGAAAAUAUACCAUUUUAAUAUGUUGCAUCAGGGAAAUUAUUUUCAUAGAUACUUCAACAUAUCUUUCCUAUGCAAAGCAACACAACAGGAUUUUGAAUCUUAGUCAAGUUAUUUAAUCUAAAUAUGCUUUCUCUGCUGGAUGUUAAUUCCUUUUUAUGGUAGCAUCUUGUCUCCUAGGUUAGAACAUUGUAGGUUUCCAAUUCUUGUAUAGGAAACUUUUUCUACAAGUAUUGUGGGAGCACUGAAAUAAAGCACUGUGCUUUUAAAGACAUAUGUACCAGAUUGCACCAUGCAAUAAAUGUAUAUGUUUGUUUUCUCCCCAGUAAAGUUCAACGAUAAUAUAAACUUUUGAUGUGUGUUUUAUCGUUAAAGAUUAUGGUAAUCCCUCUUGUAUUUUAUAGGUAAAUUACAUGAAAUAUGAUUAAUGUGUUCACUGUGUUUUAAAAAAAACUGGCAAAUGAACCAAGUUUCUGGUGUCCACUAAUCCAGGAGUCUGUUUGCCACUUAACCAUACAUAUUUUAAAAUCUGUGGCAGGGAUUUGAGAUAAAGUGUGAUGGAUCAACACUUCACUGCCUUCAGUCAGAAGAAAUGUAAUGGAUACCUGAACCUCAAACUAAAAACAUAUUACUCCACCCUCUUGUUCUUCUCGCAUCCUGUGUGUUACUUCACUGACUACCUCUUUUCCAUCUCCUCUCAUUCAGGUUAGCCUUUCAGCUGUUGAUUUACAGUAGCAAUGUAUUUAGUUUGGCAAUGCCAGGGACUGUCCAUAAUCUCAAGUGUGCAAGUCCAGUUUUUUUUAUUUG